GAGAUGCCAAAUCCUCGUUUUCUCAUGGCAGUUGUCGACGGCAACAAAAACUGAACUCCGCUUCACAGAUCUUCGACGGAAACAAAUCUCAGAUCUGAUCGAGCGAUAGCACAAAGAAGAAGAUGGACGAUUUCUUAGACAAGUUGCCGCAGAUGGAUCUGAUGCGCUCCGAGAAGAUGACGCUCGUCCAGCUUAUCAUCCCCGUCGAGUCCGCUCACCGUUGCGUCACUUAUCUCGGCGAACUCGGCCUCUUGCAGUUUCGCGACCUAAAUGCGGAUAAAAGUCCUUUUCAGCGGACGUUUGCUAAUCAGGUAAAACGAUGUGGUGAGAUGUCAAGGAAGCUUCGUUUUUUCAAAGAUCAAAUUGAUAAAGCUGGUCUAAGAUGUUCACCACGCCAUGAACUAGAACCGGACAUUGAGCUUGGAGAUUUAGAGAGACAACUUGCUGAUCACGAGCAUGAAGUAUUGGAAAUGAAUUCAAACAGUGAAAAGCUUCGGCAGACAUAUAACGAACUUCUUGAGUUCAAGAUAGUUCUUCAAAAGGCAAAUGGUUUCCUCGUCUCAAGUAAUGCUCAUGCAACUGGAGAUGAAACAGAACUACAUGAAGGCACCUACUCAAAUAACGGUUUUAUUGAGACCUCCUCUUUACUAGAGCAGGAAAUGAGGCCUGAACCCUUGAAUCAAUCAGGACUGAGAUUUAUUAGUGGAAUCAUUAACAAGGACAAACUUCUUAGGUUUGAAAGGAUGUUGUUUCGUGCAACAAGAGGCAAUAUGCUUUUCAAUCAAACACCCUCUGAUGAGGAGAUCAUGGAUCCUUCAACAUCAGAAAUGGUGGAGAAAAUUGUAUUUGUCGUUUUCUUUUCGGGGGAGCAAGCAAGGACAAAAAUAUUGAAAAUAUGUGAAGCAUUUGGUGCAAAUUGUUAUCCUGUCCCCGAGGAUACAACAAAGCAGAGGCAGCUUACGAGAGAAGUUUUAUCCCGACUCUCUGAUCUGGAAGCCACUCUAGAUGCUGGAACUCGCCAUCGGAAUGAUGCUCUUAAUGCUGUUGGUUACAGCUUGACUAAAUGGAUGACCACGGUUCGGAGAGAAAAGGCGGUUUAUGAUACUCUGAACAUGCUAAAUUUUGAUGUAACCAAGAAAUGCCUUGUUGGCGAAGGUUGGUGCCCCACAUUUGCUAAGACCCAGAUUCAUGAGGUCCUACAGCGAGCCACUUUCGACAGCAAUUCACAAGUGGGCGUUAUAUUUCAUGUAAUGCAAGCGGUAGAAUCACCUCCCACCUAUUUCAGAACGAACAAACUUACAAAUGCGUUCCAGGAGAUCAUCGAUGCUUACGGUGUUGCAAGAUAUCAAGAGGCCAACCCGGCAGUUUAUUCAGUUGUCACAUAUCCGUUUUUGUUUGCUGUUAUGUUUGGGGAUUGGGGUCAUGGUCUUUGCUUGCUGCUAGGAGCGUUGUAUCUUCUUGCCCGUGAAAGGAAGCUGAGUUCGCAGAAACUCGGAAGCUUUAUGGAGAUGCUAUUUGGAGGCCGCUAUGUAAUCUUACUAAUGGCACUUUUUUCAAUAUAUUGUGGGCUUAUCUACAAUGAGUUCUUCUCUGUUCCUUUCCACAUCUUUGGUGGUUCAGCUUACAAAUGCAGAGAUACUACUUGUAGUGAUGCUUACACAGUUGGUUUAAUCAAGUACCGUGAACCGUACCCUUUUGGCGUUGAUCCUAGUUGGCGUGGAAGUCGUUCAGAACUGCCUUACCUAAACUCGCUUAAGAUGAAGAUGUCUAUUCUGCUGGGAAUUGCUCAGAUGAAUUUGGGACUAAUAUUAAGUUUCUUCAAUGCUCGAUUCUUCGGCUCUUCACUGGACAUAAGGUAUCAGUUUAUACCUCAGAUGAUAUUUCUGAACAGCUUAUUCGGUUACCUUUCACUACUCAUCAUCAUCAAGUGGUGCACUGGAUCUCAAGCAGACUUGUAUCAUGUAAUGAUCUACAUGUUUCUAAGUCCAACCGAAGAACUUGGUGAAAAUGAGUUGUUCUGGGGCCAACGUCCACUUCAGAUUUUGUUACUGCUUAUGGCAUUCAUCGCUGUCCCAUGGAUGCUUUUUCCAAAACCCUUUGCUCUCAGGAAAAUUCACAUGGAGAGGUUCCAAGGUCGCACUUACGGAGUUCUUGGUACAUCUGAAGUGGAUCUGGAUGUAGAACCAGGCUCAGCGAGAGGCCAUCAGGAAGAAGAGUUUAACUUCAGCGAGAUUUUUGUACAUCAAUUGAUUCACUCCAUAGAGUUUGUUCUAGGUUCGGUUUCUAACACAGCAUCUUACCUUCGUCUCUGGGCUCUUAGUUUGGCUCAUUCCGAAUUGUCGACGGUCUUCUAUGAGAAAGUUCUUCUUCUUGCCUGGGGGUAUGAGAACAUUUUGAUCAGGUUAAUCGGAUUAGUGGUGUUUGCGUUUGCAACAGCGUUUAUACUUCUGAUGAUGGAAACACUAAGUGCGUUUCUUCAUGCUCUGCGUCUACACUGGGUUGAGUUCAUGGGGAAGUUCUUCCACGGAGAUGGUUACAAGUUCAAGCCUUUCUCAUUUGCUUUAAUCUCAGAUGACGAUGAAUAAACACACCCCUAAACUCCUCAGCCAUUUGCACAUCCCACUUCCCCUCGAUUAUCCCACCCAAAAAGAAUAUAUAGAAGAAAAAUUGCCCAAAGACAGAUUAUACGGUAACAUCCAUUUGCUUCGUCUUUUACUUUUUAAUAUUUUUAACCGAAGCUUUUGAAAUUAGUAUCGUAGUUAAUGUCAAAAGUGGAGAAUGUCUUUGUUAAAAGCAGAACCGGCUAGAUGACUUUGAGUUUUUUUUUUUUUUUGAAUUUUUACAUAUAUAUAUACACCUAUCCCGGUCAUGGAGUUUUGGAGGCGAGAGAUAAAUGAGAACUCUUUAUGUUGGCAAACCAUUUACCCUUUUAUAUAAACAAUCAUACAUUAACUUUUGAUCAUAUGGUAAUGUAUUUCUCUCGGCUACUGUAAUCAAGUGACGAGUUACAUUAACGGGUAUAGAUAACCGAUAAGUGUACCCUUAAAGAGGGAAUCACAUGAUAACGGGGACGAGUUUAGAGCACCCACAUUGAUGUAUCCCCAAAGUGAAUCCUUAAGUAUAUUAAAUUAAAUUUUUUUUUUUGAAUAGUUAAGUAUCCUAAUCCA